UUUGACUUUGUGUUGUCACCCCUCCGUUGUUAAUUGUAACAAAUCAUCCACAGAAACACUACACCACUGAACCUUCAUGACCACGGCUUUUCUGGACUCAGGGAUGUGAAGUACCGACACUUUCUUGAAGCCUCCAGACCGAUCAGACACACCACAAAUGUCAGAGCAGAGCAGGACGCACAUCGGAUAAAGAGGUCAGCAGUCUUCAGCACAGGGGUCAAAGUGUGUCCCCAGGAGACGAUGAAAGCAGUCAUCGGCAGCCAUCGGACCUAUUACAAACUCCGAGUUUGUCAGGAAGCGAUUUGGGAAGCCUUUCGGAUCUUCUUGGACAGAGUCCCGAGCUCAGAGGAGUACAGAGCCUGGGUUUAUAUCUGCCAGCAUGAAAACCUCUGCAUGGACGACCUGGCCCAGAACUUUAGCAGCUCUCAGGAGCAUCGGGACAUGGUGGCCAGAAGAGUAGCUGAGCAAACUGAACUCGAAGGAGUUGUCACUGGAACCCCCGAGCCAGGAAGGGAAUGUAACUGGACACCCCCACUGAUUUUGCCAACUGAGGCUGACGUGGUCCAAGACCCUAAUGUGAUAAAAGAGAACUAUGAGGAGUACAUUGUUGAGUUCAGCAUCACAAUCAUGGACCCGGCAUACAGCAAGCUGCUCAGUGACCCAGAGUCUCCACAGUACAAUGACAUCACACAAGAGCUCACAGACACGAUGCUUCAUGUGUUUGAAAAAGUUGCAGGAUUCAAAGAGAUUCGUGUUCUGGGAUUUCGCUCAGAGGACGUGUCUGUGCGUUACGCUGUGGUCUUUAAUGGAGAAACAGAGCUCAGCAAUGAACCUGAGAGUCUGGAGGAUCUUGGCACAGAGACACACAAGGACGUAAACUCGCCUAAACUGAAGCACAUCAUCGUAAAGGCCUUAAAACAGGAGCCGUCACUACUACUGGACAUACAGACACUAAGCUUUGAGGCUGUAACCACAGUUUAUCCAGUUGCGGAACUCGGCGUUAACCCCAUUGAAAGCGUUGCAUCUGAGGAUGACACCACACAGGCGGGCCCAGAGGGCAAUACCCCCACAGUGCCAGUGAUUGAAAACUCUUUGGAAGUUUCUACAAUCAAAGCAGAAAGACACACUUUUGUGCCUUUCAUCCCAAACAUCUUCCCAGAAGCCACUUUUGCUGUCACAGAUGAGACUCCUUUAAUGGCAGCAGCAGAGGAGGACUCCACAGAAGAUACUGCUGAGGAGCCUGGUGACAUUAUAACACCCGAUACAAAACUCGAAACUAUAACAGAGCAGGAAGAGGAACCAGAGCCCGAGGUGGAGGAGAUACCACCGAUUGAACAUGAUGACGGAGAACUUGAAUCAGCUGAUGGGGCCCCUGAGGAACCUCCAGAGCAACAAAAUGAAGAUCUUCCUGAGGCAACUCCUGACUCCAAACCAGAAGAAGAAAUUACUGAAACACCUCCUGAGGUUAACCUUGUGCUGCCAGAGUCUACAUACCCCACGGUUACUGAGAUAUCUGUCAAGGAAGCUUCAGUCCCAGUCUCCAAAUCAUCAUCUCAUGAGGAUGCUGUCCAAGGCAUUGAACCAGACACAGAUGUGGAGCCUUUGCCAUCCCCCGCUGAGAGCGGCGAAGCCCUUGAGGACAGAGAUGAAGCUAGUGGAGGGCACAGUGGAGUGACCCUGGUCUCAGCAGACCUGCCUCCUGAGAACUCAAACACUCAAGAGGAUGUAGGGUCAAGUCAGAAUGGGAUGGAGGUGGAAGUGACCGAACCUCUGGAAGAAGGGAGUGGUAGUGGAUUCCCCUCAGAGUAUGACGAACGCCCAUACGAAUCCACGGCUGCGCCGGCCAUGAGACAAGCCAGCACCCCUCUGAUGACCGCAAUGGAUAAGAACAAAGAGUUAGUGGUUUUUUUUAGCUUGAGGGUCACUAACAUGAUGUUUUCUGAUGACCUGUUCAACAAGAGCUCCCCAGAGUAUAAAUCACUGGAGAAUACCUUUCUUGAGCUGACACAGCACUCUAGGUCCAGAAACUCACCAAACCCUGGAGCUUCCAGUAAAUCUGGGCUUGGGAGACAGACGACUUUAGCUUCCAUACCGCUUCUGCCAUAUCUACAAUCCAAUUUGACUGGAUUUAAGCAGCUGGAAAUUCUCAACUUCAGGAAUGGCAGUGUUGUGGUAAACAGCAGGAUGAAACUGGACAAACCGGUACCAUAUAACGUCACAGAAGCUGUUCACUGUGUGCUUGAAGACUUCUGCAGCGCAGCAUCGAAACGGCUUGACAUCGAAAUUGACAGUCGCUCCUUGGAAGUAGAACCAGCUGACCAAGCAGACCCCUGUAAAUUCCUGGCUUGCAAUGAGUUUUCACGCUGCGUGGUGAACAGUUGGACCGAAGAGGCAGAGUGUCUGUGUGAUCCGGGUUACAGCACCGUGGAUGGCCUGCCUUGUCAGAGCACCUGCGCUGUGCAGCCAAACUACUGCCUGAAUGGAGGCCAGUGUGAAAUAAUCCCAGGGCAUGGAGCCACCUGCAGAUGUCCUGUAGGUAAAUACUGGCACUACCAUGGAGAACGCUGCAAUGAGCUGGUGUCUAUGCCAAUAGACCCUCCCUUAAUUGUAACCUGCCUCGUGGGAAGCCUCUGCCUUGUUUGUGCCAUCAUUGGCAUAUUGAUUUUCAUCAACAAGAAAUGCAUAAACACCAGAAAGGCUGUGACAUUGGUGCACACACUUGCUCCCUAUGCCUUUGAGCAUACUUUGAGGGUGAACCCAGUGUUUGAGAAUGAUGAUGGUGUCUUAACUCAAGUGUCCACAUUGCCAUGUCCUUCAAGUUCUGCUUCUUCCCAAUCCCAACAGUCUGAACAAGAACAUUAUGCCUCUAUUGAAAAUAUACACCUGAGUAUUGAGAUCCCCAGACAACUCUACACAACAAGAUCAGAAAGGCUAGUCUCAGAAAUGGUGGACUUCCAUCACAGUAUACCCCAAAAUGAGGUGAGGGCCGCUGAAACAUGCUGUGUUUUAAGGGCAUCAGAUAACGAAUGUUUUGAAGUAACCGUUCUUUGAUGACACCUUGUUCGUUUGAGGAGCAGCAAACACGUUGACACAGUGCAAAACACGAGGUAGCCAAGACUGAUGUUGCUGUUUGAGCUGUAUAUGGGAUGCGUGGUACAGUAGACCAGUCAAAUGGUGUUAAAGUGUUGAGAAUAAUUGUUCAUAGUGAUGAGAGUGUCUUGUUAGACAGAGAGCUAUGGAUAUUAAGGUGGACUUAGGUUGUCUUAAAGUGAAACCUAAUAUUUAUUUUAUAUAUUGAAGGUAGGAACAUUUCCUGUAUACCCUUGGCAAAGGUUGUUGUUUCCUCACAAUGAGGUAUUUAUUAUUUACAAACUGAUACACACGGUGUAGUUUGUUGUUUAUUUCAAUGCUUGACCAUUGUUUUGUCUCAAAAAGAGAAGAAUUGACUUGAUGUUGACUUGGGUCAUGACAUAUUGUUUAUAGAAAUAUUGGCUGUGGAGCUGUAUUUCCACCAGUCCUAUUCAAAAGAGCUCU